GGAAGGCAGGAGGGGGGGUUCAAACCCCUCCGUUCCACCGGGCCUGAUUGGGCGGCCGGGAUUCGAAAGGGCGUGGUCGGCCCGGGCCAAAGGCUAUAAAGUCCCCUGCUGAGCCCUAGCCCAGCUCUAGUGAGGGUGGGAGGCGAUUGGAGAGAAGCCAGAAGGGGGAAUCCCUGCAAGGGGGGCAGCCCAGAUUUGAGGGGGGCAGGUAGAGGGAAAGGGGGGAGCCUGGUUGGCACAGGUGGGGAGGGGGGGGCCUGGGAGGAGACCCUGCCUCUCCCCACCCCGCAAAGUGAAGGGGUGAGUUCUAUAGGGCUGGGGGGUAACCCCCAGAUUUAGGGGGUGCCCUGCCUCUGCAGGGGGCACCUGGUCUCUGCCAACCUCAGGCCAGACCCACCGCCAUGAACUCGAAUGUGGAAAACCUGCCGCCCCACAUCAUCCGGCUGGUCUACAAGGAGGUCUCCACCCUGACGUCGGACCCGCCGGAGGGCAUCAAGGUCUUCCCCAACGAGGAGGACAUCACGGACGUCCAGGUCACCAUCGAAGGGCCCGAGGGGACGCCCUAUGCCGGUGGCGUCUUCCGCAUGAAACUCAUCCUGGGCAAGGAUUUCCCGGCCGCGCCGCCCAAGGGCUACUUCCUCACCAAGAUCUUCCACCCCAACGUGGGCGCCAACGGCGAGAUCUGCGUCAACGUCCUCAAGAAAGACUGGAAGGCAGAGCUUGGCAUUAAGCAUGUGCUGCUGACCAUCAAGUGCUUGCUGAUCCACCCCAACCCCGAGUCGGCGCUGAACGAGGAAGCGGGGCGCCUCCUGCUGGAGAACUACGAGGAGUAUGCGGCCCGGGCCCGCCUGCUGACCGAGAUCCACGCCCAGCCCUCCAGCCUGCGGGGGGCCAGCAAGGACCCCGGCGACCCCUGCUCCUCUGCUGCCGCCCUGGCCGCUGGGGGCGAGGGCCCCGUGGCCAAGAAACACGCCGGCGACAGGGACAAGAAACAGCUGGCCAAGAAGAAGACCGACAAAAAGCGGGCACUGCGGCGGCUCUAGGGCUGCCCGAGGGCCUGGCUCGAACCAUGGACUGGGGGGGUCCAGGCAGGGUUCUAAUAAAACUGUCCCUUUUCCCAGCUUUUUGUUAAGGCGCUUUGGUAUUUUACUCUUUUUUCAAUCUUAAGUUAUUUAAGUUAUAAAAAAAAUCUAUUAAAGGACUUUGUUUUCUA